CACAAUUUUGAUAAGUGACCAGCCGCGGGACACUUAGUAUCUGACUUGUCCCCUUAAGCCGGCAUCGAUAUUUCUGUCGCUUCUACCACUUGGUACCCUAUCGCGCCGUCUUAUUUGCCCAAUUCUGGCCAUUUGAAAGCCUUAAUGAAUCCCUAAGGCGGUCGGAGAACCUAAGGGGUCUAUUUCCGCCAGGGAUCGAGAAGAAACCCACAUGGGGGGGAUUGCAAUCAGUUCAUUUCUCUAAUCUUAUACGCUGCCUGCUUGGGCAAAUAUCAUCGCGAAUGGGUCACAGCACAAAUGGCCAGCCCGACGCUGGCCUGAGAAGCCUGGAUCAUUAUCGUAAUCAGCUUCCUCUCUGGCGGUACUGGCCACGGCAGAAAUUGCUUCCAUUGAUUCGCUUCGAGACACCAUAUCUCGCUUGGUGCCAGGAAAAGAUUCGAACUCCGACUCUGGAUUCAUACUUUGCCUUCACCGCUAAUCUGGGCACGCAUACCUUUUUCAUGAUUUUCCUCCCAAUUCUGUUCUGGUGCGGAUAUCCAAGCUUGGGACGUGGGAUGGUACACCUUCUGGCGUCAGGCGUCUUUUUCAGUGGCUUCAUCAAGGACUUGUUGUGUCUGCCACGGCCCUUAUCGCCGCCCCUCCAGCGUAUCACAAUGUCCGGCUCUGCGGCUUUGGAGUACGGAUUUCCUUCCACCCACUCGACGAAUGCCGUCUCGGUCGCCGUCUAUGUUCUCUCACUCCUCAAUUCGCCAGAAUGCACUCUUGGCCCUAGUGCGAACUUAGCACUGCAUGGCUUAACCUAUAUUUAUGUGAUCUCCAUUGUAUUGGGGCGCUUGUACUGCGGGAUGCAUGGGUUUUGCGAUGUGAUCACGGGUUGCUUGUUAGGUGGAUUUUUAGCCUACUUGCAGUAUACCUAUGGACCCAUGAUCGACGAUUAUAUCCUUGCAGCGACAGGGAAAGGGGUCAUGGUCGUCAUUUUGCUCAUCUUGGCCCUGGUUCGCGUGCAUCCAGAACCUGCGGAUGACUGCCCAUGCUUUGAUGAUAGCGUGGCUUUUGCGGGCGUAACACUUGGUGCUCAGAUCGCUUAUUGGCACCUAGCACAAUCGGGGACGGGGUGGUAUGAGUCAGUACAAGCUUCUGCGCCGAAUUUUGAUUUGGUAGAAAUGACGAAGACUGCUCUCCGACUAGUCCUUGGGGUCCUGCUACUCUUCGUUUGGCGAGCAAUGACAAAGCCUUUCAUGCUGCGGGUGCUUCCGCCGGUAUUUCGGGGUCUGGAAAAGCUUGGACUCAUUCUCCCUCGGCGAUUCUUCACCAAUGCUUCGCAAUACUCCCGUGUUCCCACGCAUCUCAAAGAUCAUGAAGUGCUUCCGAAUCUAUCCGAGAUCCCAUCCUUCAUCACUACGAUACGUCAUCCAAGGCGACGUGCGAUAUCUGUCGGUCCCCAAUCGGAAGCCGACGCCUAUGAGACAUUGGCAUAUCGUGAGAAGCGCAGGCGUGAGAGCCUCUCUAACGGCAAUAAAGCCACUGCUACCACGGAGGCUGGCCAGACCAGUUCCUCUGCCCGAGAGGCCCAGCCGCCAAAGCUCUCGCGACGGCCUUCCAAACUAAAUGACUAUGAGCAUAUGAUGGGCACAGGAGCUCCGGGUCUGGCGACAUCUGCUGACACUGUCUGCCAGGGGACUUCGUCAACGGUCCCCUUUCCCGAAUUCGACGCCGGGAUUGAGGCCGACAAGGAGGAACUGUUUGCGCAAAUCAAGCGGCCACGCGUGCGUUAUGAUGUUGAAGUAGUCACGAAGCUGGUGGUUUAUUCCGGCAUAGCUUGGAUAGUCAUGGAGGGAGCACCCCUCCUUUUUUCACAGAUUGGUCUUGCGGCGCAUUAGCAUGGCCAUCGGCAUACUUGGGUUCAACCGUGUUUUUGGGUGCGGUUUUUCCAGCAGGUCAGAUUUACAUGCGUCGGCGAUGUAACAUAGUGGGACAUUUCUUGUACAUACAUACGACCUCCUUCGCUUUAGCUGUGUUCUGCUAGCUUCUUGCAC